CGUAUUCCGUACUUUGUUCCUCGUGGCUCGCCGUAGUUAACUCCUGUCCUGCCCUUAGCCCGCUUGUCUGUAUUUUUUCAAGUCAUUGCUAGUACAUUUGUGAGGAUUUCUUCUGCGGCUAUCCAUCUUAGUUAUUGUAAUGGCUUAUCAACUUUACAGGAAUACCACGCUGGGAAAUAGUCUGCAAGAGAGCCUUGAUGAAUUAAUUCAGACGCAGCAGAUCACACCUCAGCUCGCCUUGCAGGUUUUGCUCCAGUUUGAUAAAGCUAUCAACACUGCACUGGCUAACCGUGUGCGCAAUCGGGUCAAUUUCAGGGGAUCCCUCAACACCUACCGCUUCUGUGACAACGUGUGGACAUUUGUCUUAAACGAUGUGGAAUUUCGUGAAGUAACGGACCUGGUGAAAGUCGACAAAGUGAAGAUUGUGGCCUGUGAUGGCAAGAAUACUGGGUCCAAUGCCGCUGAGUGAGGCAUCUGCAAACAGAGGACGUGGUAUUCCACAUUGAGAAGAAUACUGUAAAUAGUGCUAACUUAUUUAUUGUAGCAAACUGUGUUGGACAGGAGUCAUGUCAAUGCAGCUGCAUUAUCUGGCCUUAACAAAUCCUGGAGGUCCAUGUCAUUUUUUUUCUAUUUUACUACUGUUGUUACUACUUCCAUAAUAAAGAGUUUUUUAUGUUUGUUGUUGAA